AUGUGGCAACCGCCACGGCUCGUGAUGAAUCGCUGCAAAGGCAGCAGCACGCAUUCACCCGUUACGGCUGUGAUCCUGCUGUUGCUGCUGCUCGUCCUCUGUGCGCCCGUGUCGGCUCAGGAUGGCAGCCUACGCGCUUCGUUUGAUGUCGAAUGCGCUCUUCUACAGUCGGCCGAGUCGUCCACUGCCGCACUGAGCGCCGCAGAUGUGACUGCCCAAAUGGCCUCGAUUAUUUGCGCGCGCGAGAGCUUGGCCGAUCCUUUCGUGUGGGUGCCAACGGACGGCUUGCAGAAUACGCUGAAUGUGUACAUGUCCAUUCUCCCCGACAAACUUCUCAACAGUGUAGUGGAAACAUCAUCUUCCACCAGCUGCACACUCGUCACAUCCAUCUCUGAAGGCGUACUGGACACGAGGAGUAUGACCAAAAAUGUGUACUUCACGAACGCAGAUCCUGCAACGGAGAUGUUGGCGUUGCUGUCGUAUGUAAUGGUCAACGGAGCCCCUCCAAAAAUUGGCUUCGUAUACACGAGCGCGGCGGAAGGGAAAAACAGUGCCGGCGCUACGGUGUACCAAGAGUUUUUGAGGCGCAUGGACGAGCUUGCCUACACUGGCACUCUCGUAACGUAUGAGGUGACCCGGGCCCACGAUAGCGCAAAGUUCGCGACGUUUUUGAAAAAUUUUGUGGAUGGUGACUCUGCCGUAUUCUUUUUUCUCCCUGCUGGCAGCGAAACAAACAGCAUGUUUCUGGAGCUUAUCAAGAGAUCCAGCGACCUCAAAGUCCUGAUGCCUUCGUGGCUAAUCCGUACCGCCACCUCCCAGUACCUUGCUGCAACGCGCCCAAAGACCUCUCCUAGCAACAUAAUUGUGUCCUCCACGAACCCGCACCCCGAAGACAACAACUUUGAAAAGUCCAUGUAUCAGUUCAGAAAAGACUACGGAAAAAACAACCCACCACUGGCCCCAAACAGUGCGGAUGGAAUAGAAGCUGUCGCGGGCUGGAUCACUGCGCGGGCAACCGUGGCGACGCUGCAGCUCCACACUCUUUGGAUCGAGUUGCCAACUCAGAAACUCUAUUUCGACGGACUGUUCAAGCAGCGCGUCUACACCAUCGGUGAUGAUAUUGUUCUUGGAGCGUACAGCAACUCGUGCAACGUUGGCGGUCGCAUGGUGCUCUUGUACUCCUUAAUAAAUAUGAAUAGUGGAGAACCCAGCGCGUACUACGGACUGAUGUCUCUAUCUGAUGCGAAUCUGAUGCUGAAGCCAUGGGAGUGCCACGCGGCGGAUGUCGCAUUAAACAUCAGCAGGAUGGUGCGGACGGUUUACGUGAAGUAUCACAACAUUGGCGAAAAUACCAACUACAUGACCAUGCAAAUGGAUGGCAUGAUUUCAGCCGCAAUGGUCUCAACCCCCUUCACCAAAGACACCAUUGGACCCUUGGACAGUUUAGCUGGUACUGCCUGGAAAGCAGCUCUCGACAGCUCGUCAACCAUAGCCGUUAUAGGGGCCGCCUCCGUAGGCGUUGACAAGAGCCCCGUGGAGAAGGUUUUGGUAGACCCUGUAUUUCUGCAGCCGACUCUUUACCAAAAUGCGAGCAACGUCGUCUACCUGACGGCGACUACCGAGCAGCAGUUGGGUGCGGUGGCAGCGUGGGUGGCGAAGUCGGCCGUCGCCCCGGCCUUGUACGCCGUGCUGCGGGACUCCGGUGCCUCAGCGACUGCGAUGCAGAGCACGCUGCAGCGAAUCGCGAAGCAGGCCGGUGUUACCGUGCAAUCCGUAAAAACGCUAGGUGCUGGUGACGAACUGUCGUCGCGAGACCUUCCGAAAUCCGGCCUUCUGUUGCUGACUGGAAUGGUGCAGAAAGACUUAGAUACACUGCAAAAGCACAUGAAAAAGAGCAAGGAUGCACGUGUGAUGCUCCUGUUCGAUGAAGUGACGCAGUGGUACCGUCAAAUCGAAGAAACGGUCGCCAACAGCCCCUCCUUCGGUGAGCACCUGCUUUUUGUGACGAAUCUGCCACCCUGGGUGCCAAAGAAGCAGGACGUGUCGAGGCUGUCUGUGGAGUUUCUCAGAGCUGCCCUUGGGCCAGGCUACCACUCACCAGCGUCGAUGAGAGGCUUCCUCGCGGUGCGCGUGCUCAGCAUGCUGAGCUACAAUGUCGCAAACCCAUCAAUGAGUGCGCUCUUGGAUGCAUUCUAUACGCAACAAGUCCUGCAGAUAAGUGACCUCACACUGGGCCCGUUCAAGCGUACGGGAUGUACUUACUCGCCGAGGAGCAACCAAGUGGAGUGCACGGGCUUCUUAAACGGCGGUGCGGGCGGAAUCUACAUGUGGUCCUACGCGGACAUGGUCGGGGAAACGAAUGGACCGAUCGCUGGGCCAUACGUUGUCGACCUCGUCGGCUACGUCGCAGCCGAUGUUGAGGACAGCAGAAGCUCUGGCGAGACGCCCAGUGGCAGCCCUGGUGAGGUGCACAGCAGCAGCUCAAAGUCCACUAUCAUCGCCGCUGUGGCCGUGGGCGUAGUCACCAUAGCAUCGGUGGUCGCCGCUGUCAUCACCUGCGUCUUAUGCACCCGUAACAGCCGCGACAACCGCAAUGCGCCGAAGGACGAAAACGAACCUGUGACGCUCAUAUUCACCGAUAUCGAGAACAGCACGGCGCUCUGGGCGACAGCGCCGCAGGCCAUGUCGAGUGCGGUGACGCUGCACCACAAGCUGGUUCGCCAGCUGAUUAUCAAGUACAGGUGCUACGAGGUCAAGACGAUCGGCGAUUCCUUCAUGAUUGCAUGCAAACAGCCGUUUACCGCCGUGCAACUUGCGCGAGACAUACAGGUGGAACUCCACCAGGCUGACUGGGGCUCGACGGCAAUCGACGACGCCUACAAGUUGAUUGGAAAACCCAGCGGUGGCACUGACUCCGGCGAGAGCGGGCUGAGCCCGUGGAGUGGCCUACGUGUUCGUGCUGGUGUCCAUAGUGGUCUGGCGGAGGUGCGCUUCGACACUGUGACCAAAGGCUACGAUUACUACGGCAACGUCGUCAAUAUAGCCGCGCGCACGGAGAGCGUCAGCUGUGGUGGACAGGUGAUCUGCACCUCGAGCGUGGUGGGAGCCCUCACGGAGGAGGAGCAGGGUACGGUGGAGUUUGUGGCCCUUGGUCCGCACCGGUUACACGGGGUUGAGGAAUCAAUAGAGAUUUACGAACUGCGCACCGUGCCCGGACGCGUCUUCCCUUCAAAGGAAAGCGGGGUCAGCGCGAAUCCGUUGGCGUCGCUCUCCGCGGGCGCCAACGCCGACAGCGAUUCCAAGGUAGAGGAGGACAAUCUGAUGGUGAUGCAGGAGGAUACCUUCACCGAGGUGGCGACGGGUGUCGAACCUGUCGCCGAAGUGCUGGAAGUGUACUUCAGCGCCUACACGGAGCAUCAGAAGAUCAAGUUCCUCCAGAAGACGUGCAAAUGCUUUUGCUUGCCUAAUCCUCCGCGUCGGAUGUUCGCGUCCAACGAUGCUUACCUCAACUCCUUGAUGCUGACGGUGGCCACCCGCACAUCGGCCGUGAUCAACUUCCGCCACAAGAAGCUGGAGAGUGACACGCUUCGCUCAGAGACAGAAGCCCAGGCCGACGCCCCGGCAUUAGAGUUGGUGACUCACCGAGAUGCAGCAGGGGAGGUGCGCCGGCAGAGUAGCGUCUUCUUCAGCGGCGUGGACUCGCCGGUUUCAGGGGAGUUGAAGCGGCGGCGCAGCGUUAUGACUGACCGCUCUGGGGCGAGUCUGCCGAAACACGGUAAUUCGGAUAGCACUAUGAUGUUGGUGCUGGACAACGGCGAGCUUCUGACGUUAUGCAACAGCGCCGGGCCAAGUUUCACUGAGAAGUCGCCGGAGGUCAGUGAGGCGACAGAAGUAUACCAGAACGGCGCCCCAAGCAUCAGGGGCGAUGAGGUGAGCCCCUGCUUUGAGGGUGGUAACGGGCUGCUCUUCCGCAUCAUCGACAAAGCGACGAAGCGUUGGGCUUUCUACAAUGACACCAUCGACUUCGUCAUGCAUGUCUACUUCUCUGUCGGCCGCACAAGCGCGGUGAAGUGGGGCCCGGGCGUUGCUGGAAAAGUCACGCAAGCGGAGGAAACAGGUCGAUACGAGGGUGAACUGAUCGUGCCGCCCCUUGCAACGGAAGUGCUCAUGACGGGACGCGUUAACGGCUAUACCAUGCGGUACUGCGCGACGCCGUCCGGCGACGGUGAAUAG